UAAUCCCGGCGACACCAUCCCCCCAUUUAAAUCCACUCCACCGGCACACACCACUUUAACACACUGUCCUCCGCUGCCAUCCCGUCCCGGCCCCUGGAGGAGAGGAAACGCCAGCAGCAGCAGCAGCAGCAGCAGCAGCAGCCAGAACCAGCUCCGCACCGCAGCACCAUCACUGCUGCCUCUCGCCUGCAUAGUAACAUGGUUUGCAGGGCUCGGCUGCUGUAGCCAAGGGCCACUUAGUCAGUCAGUCACUCAGCCGGCCACUCGGUUUGUGUGUGUGUGUGUUUGUGUGUAUGUGGUGUGUGUGUGUGUGGAUGCGUGUGUGAGCGUGCAGUAAGAAACAGAGGUCUCGGACGCUCCAAGCAUCACUAUUCGUCCAGGAGGGAAGCGUCCAGAGCGAGCCCCGCGUUCCUGCAUCUCUUCCCGGCUGUCCUACACACCAGCCCCGCUGAACCGGAGCAGGGAUAACCCCCCCCCCCCAUCCCCAGCUGCACCGACACUGCCUCGGCUUUAUCGGGUGUGAAAAGCGGCCUGGCUAGAGCUAUAGCUGCUGUUGUUGUCAAGGAAACUGAGAGCCCUGUCCCGUUACCAUGGGGAAACAGAACAGCAAGCUGCGGCCUGAGAUGCUGCAGGACCUACGAGAGAAUACCGAGUUCUCCGACCAUGAGCUGCAGGAGUGGUAUAAGGGUUUCUUGAAGGACUGCCCCAGUGGAACCCUGAAUGUGGAGGAGUUCAAGAAGAUUUACGCCAAUUUCUUCCCCUAUGGUGACGCCUCCAAGUUCGCCGAGCACGUCUUCCGAACCUUUGACACCAACGGUGACGGGACGAUAGACUUCCGGGAGUUCAUCAUCGCUUUGAGCGUGACGUCACGGGGCAAGCUGGAGCAGAAGCUGAAAUGGGCCUUCAGCAUGUACGACCUGGACGGAAAUGGGUACAUCAGCCGCGAGGAGAUGCUGGAGAUUGUACAGGCCAUCUACAAGAUGGUGUCAUCUGUGAUGAAGAUGCCAGAGGAUGAAUCCACGCCGGAGAAGAGGACAGAUAAGAUCUUCAGACAAAUGGACCUCAAUAAUGAUGGCAAAUUAUCCCUGGAGGAGUUUAUCAAAGGUGCCAAAAGCGACCCUUCCAUCGUCCGGCUACUCCAGUGCGACCCCAGCUCGGCCUCCCAGUUCUGAACUACUGCCCCGCUAUGACCCCUUCUUCCUCACCCUCUCUGUUGCUAUUGAACCAGUCACUCAAAUCAAUGCAUGAUGGUUCUCGUCUCUCAUAUCAUCUUAAAAUUUUUGUUGUUGUUGUGCAAAGAUGGAGGAAGAAUUUUAAGGAGGAUAAGAAAAGUCAUCACUAUCAUUUUACUUUUAUUUUUAUAUUUGGGGGAAAUAUAUGAAGGGACAUGUAUACAUUUAAUGAUCAGUCGAGAGAGGCGUCCGCUAAUGUUCCCGAAUAAUAUUCCUCUCUCUCUGGAACGUCGGAUUUCCAGGGGGCUUGUGACAAAUUUUUUUUUUUUUUUUUUGCAGGGUGAGGAUUGCUCAGUUUCCCCUCCAACACACAUGUAUAUCAUGUAUAUACUGUAUGUCUAUGUAUAUCAUAAGAUGAAGUACAUUCGUCUUCAUGUAUGGUGCACACUCUCUGGCAUUGAAAGGCAGUAUUAUGUAGCGUAGCUUCCUGGUCUGAUCUGAAUGGGUGGUCAGCGGGUUGGAGGUGGGUGGGUGGGGAUUAUUGGGAUGUUUCGCUGAGAAAAAGAAGGCCUAAGAUCCCAUUAGGUUUUUAUUGAUAUCUACUUGCAUUUUGUUGAUUUAUAAAUUUUAAAUGUGUUUUUUCAUUUGUACAUAUUGUUUUCCUCCUUCAUGUUGUUUUAUUUAUUCAUUUUUAUUGUUAUUAUCUUUUACUUUGAUAUGUUGUUUUAGAUGAACACUCUAGUUUACAGUGACAGAGAGAGAGACAGAGAAAAUGUGAGUUAAGACUGACCUCUCUGGGAUUUGUGGUUUUUGUCAAAGUGGAAGAAGAAUAUGAAAUUGUAGUGAAAUAAGGAGUUCCCAUAAUGCAUCUGAUCAACGACACCAGUAGCACAUAUCGUUUGAGCCGCCAUGUGUUUAUAAAGUAUGGCUGUGCAUUUGGUCUGAAUGUGUGUGUGCAUGUGAAUAUGCACCGUAUCCUCGAGGCUAACUUUUACAGUAUUACCAUGUUGUGUUGUUUCUUAAUUUGUAAGUAUUUUAAAGUUCUUUAUCAACGAGCAGUAAACUUAAGAUAGUCGUGACCUGUGACUAUACUGCAUGAUCCUGCGAACCCAACGACGACAACACAGAAACAGUAAACGCACAGCGGUAUCUUUUUGUAGCUCUGCAGCCUCCUCAGCACCGUACCAGGCAGAAAUGACUGAAUAUUUGUCUUGCUUUGGGACAAACCCUGACCCCACUCUCUUUUCCUCAUGACAGACAUGAAAACUCACUAAGGGCUCGUUCAUCUCUCUCUAGCUGAAUGCUUUUAUAACCUCCUGGAUUAGUCUGCUUACAGAGCAGUUAGAUGAAGGGACACGUGUCACGAGACAGUAGCAGGUUACUUGUUCUGAUUUGGAUUUUUAGUUUUUCUCCAGACAAUAGCCGGUGGCCAUGUUUAUAUUAGCAGUUAUAGAAAUCUUUAACAUCUGGGAUACCUGUUCUAAGAGAUUUAAUGAAUAUUUGUAGCGCAGAGAAAGUGAAACACUUCCAGGCAUGGCAUCAAGUCAAUCUCUCAGUGUCUCUUUAAACUACUUUAAACUGUAUGAUAUUAGAGUUUUAAAACACAGCUUUGACUGAGUGAAACCAUGUUUCACAAUAAAAACCACCAUCUGAAACACUGUGCAAAUGUAAACAGAGCCGCUGGUUGCAGCAGUGCCAGCACCACUCUCAUAUAUCGCCCAUUUAAGGCUCCCAUUGUCAGAUCACUGUUGCCAUCUUCUGUUUCAGAGAUUAAACACACACUACAAAGUCAGUCUGUGACGUAGGUUACCAUGGAGUUGACUGAAAAAAAAUUCAAAGUUGAAGUAAAACUGCAUAUUUGAAGUAAGCCCUGCUUCAAAAAUAUUUUCUUAGGAGUUGACCUGUUGCCCUGACGACAUCACUGAAGACAGAGAUUACUAUUUUCAUUUCAGUCAAAAUGUUUCUUGAUAUGAUGCACAAGAGACUUGAGGCUGUUGGUUGAAGAUGACCCCUAAAGAAACAUUAUCAUAAAACAUAUGGUAUUUCUUUAUUGUUAUAGACUGAAGUACAUUUUCUCAAGUACUGAGACUUAUAUUAGUACAACACCUAAGUACAUUACUUGAGUAUUUUUAUUUUAUGUUACUGUAUACUUCUACUCCAUUACAGUUCAGAGGCAAAUAUUGUAAGUUUUACUUUACUGCAUUUAUUUAACAGCUUGUUUCUUUUUCAGAUUAAGAUUUUACAUAUGAAAUGAUUAGUUUAUAUAAUAUGUGUUGUUAUAGAUUUAAGUGUUGAAAAGUAAUAAAACUAGUUAAAUUAGCUCCAUCUUGAUUAACUAUAACUUUAAAGUAAUCAUUACAAUAAUAAUAUAACUUAUAAUAAUAGUAUAACAUUAACUAAGGCCAUUCUGCAUGAGUACUUUCACUGUUGAUACUUAGUAGAUUUUACUGUUGAUAUUUCUGUACUUUUUACUUGAGUAAACAGUUUGAAUGCAGGAUUAUAAUGCGGUCUUUUUAUAAUGUGAUAUUGCUUCGUUUACCCAGUAGUCUGAAAACUUCUUCCACCACUGGUAUUUAGCAAAGCUGAUAUUCAAAAUCUCUAAAUUGGACCAUGACCCUUCCUGGCGAAGGAUUCAGUUUUUAUUCCACAAUUUUAUUCUUAAGAUUUUAGAAAAAAUCCUUUUUUAAAUGGGACAAUGAAACGCUUAAUUAAAACCCAGACUAAUUCAGUUAUUUCAGGUGGGUUAGCAGCUCUGUAAAGCGGGUGGUUCACACAGGCUGCAGUUUACACACAGUGGGAAAGGUGAGGAAUAAAACCCAAACACUUCAUCACACUUGGAGGAUUUCUCUGUCUUUUGUGCGAGAUAGAAAUAAGUGUUUGUUCUGUGGUCAGAGAGGAAACUCCAUCAAAACAUCUGACGAACAUCUAAAGUUGAUAUCAGCCUGAAAUAUGAUUCUAAUUGUGAUUUUUAUUUAUAUUGUGUUGCCCGACAUUUGACUACCUCACAAACUGAAUGGUGUGCAAUGGUGGCAAAGUGAACUACCAAUCAGAGCCUGAGAGCUGUGCUGGUGCAGCUGCUUCCGCAUGUCAUAAGACUUGAUGUGAGGUGAACUUGUACCAAACAUUUGCGCAGGAGCUUCCUGACCAGCCACACCUCUGCUUUGGAGAUCCUGUAGUGUCACUGCCUUCUGCUGGUAGGAUAAGGAACAACAGUUGCUACCCCAUGAUCAAUUACAGUUUAACCCUUUUCUAUUCUCACUGCCUCUGAUAAACUGGUACCUUGUGUUGGAUAAAUACGCCCCCCUUCCCCUCUUCUUUCUUCCUUCCUUCCUAACCUCUCCUUCCUUCCUUCCUAUUUUUCUGUUGCAUGAAAACCUCACAUGAGGAUGUCAUGUUUGUUCCGUUGGACCUGAAAUAGAAAUAUACCUAAGUGUUUCAAAGCUG